UGAACGGAGCAUAGGCAUGUUCUAAUCUAAACAAUGGACACAGAGGAACAUUGUCCUGUCAGGUUUAAAUGAAGGGUUGUGAUAGCUAUUGUCAUUUGUAGGACUGUUGGAGUAUUCAACCUUUAUCCAGUCAUGGCAUAUUUGUCAGCAGCUCUGCUGGUUGCCUGUAUGAGUCUGCUUCUUCUUAACUAUAUACAACUAUAUGGGACUAAUUCAGAGAAUUUCCAAGUUGUUGGUCCAGAUGGUCCUCUUUCUGCUGUCGCUGGUGAGGAUCUGGUCCUUCCCUGCUCCCUGAAGCCCCGUAUGAGUGCUGAAGGGAUGACUGUGGAGUGGCUCAGACUGGACCACCAAGGACAGAGUUCCAUAGUGCACCUUUAUAAAAACCGCACUGAUUUGAACACCGAUCAAAUGCCGUCUUACAGGGGCAGAACAUCCAUCUUGCCGGGAGAACUUGAGAAAGGAGAUGCGUCGCUACACCUCAAAAAACUACGUGUGGCCGAUACAGGAUACUAUAAAUGCUUGAUAGUGUCUAAAGACUACGGUUAUAUCUCCAUACAACUCAAUGUUAUAGCCGUAGGCUCACAGCCAGUGAUUGCUGUGGAUAGAGUUGAUGGUGAAGGACUCAGCUUAGUGUGUCAGUCCUCUGGAUGGAACCCUGAGCCGGCAGUUGAUUGGUUGGACGGUGAGGGGCGGAGACUACCAGCUGACCCCACAGAGUGGAACUCUGAUGGGUUUAGAGUCAAGCGACGCCUCCUUGUGGAGAACUGGAAAAAGAACAGCAAAUACACCUGUAGAGUUUCCCGGGCUGACAAGAUGGAAGAGGCCAUCUUUCACAUCAAUGAAGGAUGGUUUCAGGUCUCAAAACAGCCAAUAGUCAUUGCUUCAUUAGUGGCUGUGCUUUUGGCUCUGAUCUGUGGGUUUCUUCUGUUUUUACUCUGUGGGGGAGCAGAGAGAUUGAGAGAGGGUAAUUGGUCGACUAACUACUGACAGUCACAUACUACAGACACCAUCGCUGAUGACAUUGAAAGAAAAUGAUGCAGCAGAUGUGGCAGGACCUCCGUGAUUGGACACACUAAUAUGGCAGGACCUCUGUGAUUGGAUACACUAAUGGACAGGAUUCUAAGGCCUUUGUUCCAUCAGAUGGACUCUCUCCAUCACCAUUUUUUUUUAAAUAUCCUCUGAACACUUUUUUCAUUAAUAUCCUCUGAACGCAUUUUUUUCAUUGUAUGUUUGUUGUUGUUGUUGUUGUUGUUGUAUUCACUAUACUAUGUUUUCCUAAAUUCUUUCAACUAUUGUUCUGGUGUGGGUCAUUUCUAGGUUUUUCCCUCUGACAUUGCACUGUGCCUAGGUGCGAGGGCACUGUUCCCACCUAUUAUGCCCAACCAUCAAAUGCUUGACCUCUUUAGAAAGCUGUAAUUUCUUAGGAAGCUGUGUGUAAAAAAUAAAAUAUUAGUUAUUUCCACAGUUAUUUGUAAAGGCAUGCCCAUGUGUCUGGCAAAUACCCUAUAUGGAGACUAGGACUUUUGAUUGCUCACUAAUGCAUACUGCCUUAAACAAUGUUUUCAAAAUCAUGUUGAUGACACCAUAACAUGAGGAAUGGCACUUUUGGCAUUAUCUGAGCGGCCCUCUAUAGGUUAUUACCGUUGUAGUAGUAGGAACACUGUCCCCCUCCCCCUUCCAAAAUCAAGACGCAACAGAGCUGCUCUGCUGCAGGAAUUCAGAGAUGAUUUGCUACAGACUGCUGUUGGUCCCUCAUAUCAAUACAGUGUCCAUGGGACGCCUAUGGGAUGCCUGCAGCACACCUUCUAAAUAUAGCCACCGAGUGGCCUACAGAUCAUAAGACACAUAUUUAGUUUGUUUAUUAUUGCGAUUCUCAGCCAGCAGGGGGACCUUGAGAGCAAAUCUUGUCAAGGGUGCCUUUACAGUAAAUCAUCUUUAGGUAGACUGUCAACAGCAUUUACAUUCAAAUGAUUCCAUUUUGUGGGUAUUUAAUAAA